AUGUCAUUUGGUGCAAAUUUCGGAUGUUUAACCAAUCCUGAAGAACAGUCACAAUUCAUUAUUAAUUUUGAAUAUGCACAAAAUGCUAUGCUUAAGAGAUUUGAACAACCUUUAUGGAAGUUUACAGAAAAAUUUAGUGAAAGAGGUCGACGAAUGCGUAAAGCUUGUAAAUAUAUUGAUGACUACAUAUAUAACAUGAUAAAUGAUUAUAAAUCAGAGCUUGAACUUGAGCAAGUUGAGGAGAAAUCGGCUAGAAAUUUGUUAGCCUUACUUAUUAAUGCUGUUGAUGAUAAUGGUAAAAAAUUGAAUGACAAAGAGUUGAGAGAUGUUGUACUUAAUGUUAUUCUUGCUGGCCGUGAUACUACCGCACAAGCUCUAUCUUGGAUGAUGUACUUAAUCAUGGCAAACCAACCGGUUGAAGAUUUAUUACUUCAAGAGAUUAAUACACUUCUUUCUCCAGAAAUGUCCGUUCCAUCAUAUGAUGAUCAUAAGUUAUAUAAAUAUACUUUGGCUACAUUUUACGAAACUCUUCGACUAUAUCCUAUUAUGUGCAUUAAGGAUAAUGUUUUACCUAAUAACACUCCAGUAUUUGCCGGUGAAUAUAUAGAAUAUAACCUUUAUACAAUGGGAAGAGAUGAAAAAAUCUGGGGAGAAGAUGCGAAACAGUUCAAUCCUCAAAGGUUUUUAGAUUCUGAGGAUGGUUUAAGACCAAAUCAAUUUAAGUUUGCUUCUUUUCAUGCUGGACCUAGAAUUUGUUUGGGCCAACAAUUAGCUACUCUUGAAGUAAUAAUGCUUGUAGCAAUGAUGUUGAGAGAAUUUAAGUUUGAAUUAGUACCUGGACAAAAAUCACCUCCGGAAUUUUUUGUUUUUGUUCUAGAUUUGGCCAAACAAUCUCGUAUGGGCGGAUUUUGUUGA